CCUCCCCUCUUAAAGCAGGCUGGCUGGGGGAUUCUGGGAGUGGAAGUCGACUAAUCUUAAAGUCGCCCUUGGAGCCACGGGCGGGCGGAGCCCCAGCCGCCAGCCGGGGGCGCUUGCUUCUACCAAGCCGAGGGGACCCAACCAGCCGCCCUGGCCGGGCGAGGUCGCUGCUUUCCGGCUUGCUGGGGCCGAGGGCUCCGCGCUUGGUCCGCCCGGCCGGCUGCGCGCCCCGCCCUCCUCCUCGUGGCCGGCGAAGGGGCGGCCCGGGCCGGCCGGGCGCUGGGCAGGCUCGCUCUUGCGCACUCGGAGCGCAGCAGCAGCAACCGCCGCCGCCGGAGGAGCAGCAGCAACCCAGAGGGGGUCCGCCGGCCGCUCCGGCUCUCGCGCAAAAGCCGCGCAAGGCAGCCGGGAGCGCGCAGCCCCCCAUGAGCCCGCGGGGGGCAGCGCAGCGGAGUCAGCCCGGGGGUGGCCGCCCGGCCGGCCCGUUCCGCCCCUCCGGCCGGCCCGGACCCCCCGCGCCCAGGAUGAUCCCCCACUUCUCGGCCGACGCCGUCAUCUCGCAGAACGCCAUCAACCAGCUCAUCAGCGAGAGCUUCCUCACCGUCAAAGGGGCUGCCCUCUUCCUGCCCCGCGGCAAUGGGUCCUCCACCCCCAGGGUCAACCACCGGCGCAACAAGCACGCAGGAGACCUCCAGCAACACCUCCAAGCCAUGUUUAUGCUGCUUCGCCCUGAGGAUUAUAUCCGACUGGCAGUGAGACUGGAGAGCACCUAUCAAAACCGCACACGCUACAUGGUGGUGAUUUCGACAAAUGGCCGGCAAGACACGGAGGAGAGCAUCGUCCUGGGGGUGGAUUUUUCAUCCAAUGACAGCACCGUUUGCACAAUGGGGCUGGUCCUGCCGCUCUGGAGCGAUGCCCUCAUCCAUUUGGACGGCGAUGGGGGCUUCAGCGUUUCCACCGACAAUCGCAUCCACAUCUUCAAACCGGUGUCCGUACAGGCUAUGUGGUCUGCCCUGCAGAGCCUUCACAAAGCCUGCGAAGUGGCCCGGAUCCAUAACUAUUACCCUGGCAGCCUUUUCCUCACCUGGGUCAGCUACUAUGAGAGCCACAUCAAUUCCGACCAGUCCUCGGUCAACGAGUGGAAUGCCAUGCAGGAUGUCCAGUCCCACCGCCCGGAUUCCCCAGCCCUCUUUACGGACGUCCCCACGGAACGCGAGCGGACAGAGCGUCUGAUCAAGACCAAAUUGAGGGAGAUUAUGAUGCAGAAGGAUCUGGAGAACAUCACGUCCAAAGAGAUCCGCACAGAACUGGAAAUGCAGAUGGCGUGCAAUCUGCGAGAAUUUAAGGAAUUCAUAGAUAACGAGAUGAUCAUCAUCCUGGGCCAGAUGGACAGCCCCACGCAGAUCUUCGACCAUGUCUUCCUGGGUUCGGAGUGGAACGCCUCCAAUCUGGAAGACUUGCAGACAAGAGGGGUGCGGUAUAUCCUGAACGUCACUCGUGAGAUCGACAAUUUCUUCCCGGGAGUUUUUGAAUACCACAAUAUCCGAGUUUACGACGAAGAGGCGACGGAUUUGCUGGCUUACUGGAACGACACCUACAAAUUCAUCUCCAAAGCCAAGAAGCACGGCUCCAAGUGCCUGGUCCACUGCAAGAUGGGCGUCAGCCGCUCGGCCUCCACCGUCAUCGCCUACGCCAUGAAGGAGUACGGCUGGAACCUCGACCGGGCCUACGAGUACGUCAAGGAGCGCCGUAGCGUCACCAAGCCCAACCCCAGCUUCAUGCGCCAGCUGGAGGAGUACCAGGGCAUCCUCCUGGCCAGCAAGCAACGCCACAACAAGCUCUGGCGCUCGCACUCCGAGAGCGACAUCUCGGACCACCACGAGCCUAUCGGCAAGUCGGGGAUGGAGGUCAGCAAAAAAGAAAUUACCACCUCGGCCGACCGGAUCUCCGAGAACAGGUCUUCCAGCAGCCUCGUGGCGGUGCCCGUGGGGAUCGGCGCCAGCCCACACGGACCCUUGCUGUGCCAUUUGGGCUCCGGCCCUUUGCCGAAUCUUCCAGGCAAGGAGAGGGUGAUCCAGCUGGAAAUUGCGCCCCGAGACAUCGACGCCGAGCAAAUGGAGGACCAGCUGAAUUUGAACAACCUCAACGGGUGCCCUACCGGAUGCUGUGUGGGCGACGCCGAGUCGCCCCUAGACAACUGCAAUCCCUCCGAGGCCUUACUGGAGCAAGGGGGUGCCUUGACAUCGGCCGGCGGCUUUCCGGACUUGGCGGUGGACGAGUUAGAGAACGACGCCCUCAAGCCGGGAGACGGGAACGUCCACCUGAUGCCCAUGGAGGUGUUGGAGUCCUGCUUGCGAGACACGCCCAGCCCGCCCGGCAACCUUUCUCAGCCGGACGAAGAAGAGGAGGAGGAGGAAGAGGAAGAAGAAGAAGAGGAGGAAGCUACAGCGGGAGAUUUUGGCACGGAUCGGAUUGACUUCUUCAGCGCGUUGGAGAAGUUUGUGGAGCUGUCGCAGGAGAAGAGGCCGCGGGCCACGUCCAGAGCGGAAGAUCUGGGCAACGGGCGAAACGGGAAUCCCCGGGUCUCCGGCUUGGAGCUGCUGCCUUGCGAUCCUGCCGAGCAGGCCCGGCGAAGCGCCUCGGCGGGCAGCUCCCCGCAGGUCUCGGAGGGGUCGUCUCUGGAGGAGGAGCAGCUGAAGCUCUCGGAACCUGAGCCUCCCAUGGGCCUGAGCCGGUCCCAUUCCCCUGUCAUCUCAGUCAAAGGGAUCGUCACUGAGAUCGAGUCGAUCCAUCAGGGAGGAUCGCAGGGACCAGCCAAGGCAGAGACCACCAACAAUCCACUCCCAACGCCCAAGAGGACCCUCCUCCACGAGACGCCAGCUGAGGACAGCAAGCACGGGAAGGCCGAGGAGGCAGGGGACACGGCCGGACCUGUCCCAAAAGAAGCUGCUCGGGAGCCGUUGAAACCGGAUCCAGAUGGGUCUUCGUUGCCCCCAAUGCUUGCUUCUAAGCCAGACGUGGAAGGAAGGGGCUUGGCUGAAGACCCCGCAGAUGCCCGAGUCCUCCCCGGGCCCAAAUGGUGUCCGGGUUCCGUCCGACGGGCCACUCUGGAGUUUGAAGAGCGUCUACGGCAAGAGCAGCAAGAUUUGCAGCACACUCCCCCUAUCGCCCUCUUCCCCGUCCGGAAGAAUUCCAGGAACGAGUCCCCCGCCUCCGAUCCAAGUGCCAAGGGCAAGAACGAGGAUCCACCUCACGAGCCGGCCGAGCUCCCGAAGAGUAACGAGGUCUUGAGGACGGGCAGCAGCUGCGAGACCAUGACUGUCACUGAACCGCCGUCGGAAGUGUCUCCUCCACCGGAAGUCCCUGCGGAGAUAUCGGGCGUAGCUCACGAGCACCGGAUGGUGCUUUGGAUGGAGAGUGACGAGAGUCCUCCUCUGCUCAGCCCCCUCCCCAAGAGAAUCGAGAUCAUCGAAUACACACCUGCUUUGCCUGGCACGGAGGGGGCCGAGAAGGGGGGCACCGCCCGGACCCCAGAGAAAACCCUGGAUGAAAACUGCAACGCCACUUUCGGCUCGGAGACGCCUAGAUGCAGCCCGGAUUCGUCUGGGACUCCAGAACAGGAGAGCGGCCCCUUCAACAAAGCCCCCUUCUCUUGGGGGAGCCCGAAGGAGACGGACAAGGAGGCGGGGAAAACGGCACCGUCUAACCUGGCAGCCCCCUCCUCUCCUGCCAACCGAGCGAGGUGUUCCCCUCCACCUUCUUCAUGUGGCCAGCCCCGUCUCGGCCUGGAGGGGGUCACUCAGGACAGUACAAGCACCGAACCCGAGCCUGCUCCCUCGGGGGGCUAUGCUGGAAAUGGCCACUUCUCCCUGGAGGAGAGGGGAAGGGGUUUCUUGCCCUGGACACACUGGACCCCCGAUCCGGGAAAAAACCCUCCGGACGUCUGCGCAGCCCCACCUCUCCGCUGCUCUCUCCCUCGCCGUUCUAGCUGCGACGCUUGCGCCAAAGACAACGGCCAGGGGACAGGCCUGGUCAAGCAGCUGGCGAAAGAACUGGAAUGCCGCCUGCGGCAAGCUGGGCUGACCACGCCGUCCCAAAUGAAGCGCUCGGCCUCUUUGGCCAAAUUGGACAGUCUGGGCUCGCUGAAGGACGACUUGCCCCGUGGCUGCUGCCUGUCCAUCGGCGCCAGACCGGUCUCGCCCGAAUCGCUCCGGGUCCCCAUGCCGGAUCCGGUCAUCUCCUUGGCCCUCCUGUCUCCCGAGCCCACGAGGCAUUUGGUAGAACCGGUCAAGCUGUGGGAAAGCCUGGCCCUGAGUCGGCCGGUGGAAAGACCCCUGGCUCAAUUUGCCCAAGACUUCCCCCCGGCCUGUGGGCCCCCCGAAGGAACGUGGACUUGGGGCCACAGCCCGGCCCAGCCGGCCGGCCUCGCUCGAAUCCCCCCCACCAGAACUCGACUGCCCAGGAAAUUAAAAAAAUCCGAGCGGAAACGAACCACCAACCCCGUCUACAAUACGAUGUGAUCUCUGCCUCGGUUUCCCCUCCUUCCUCUCCCCCCCCUUCCUCCUCCCCCCCCCUUCCAACUUUUCACAAUCCCUCGGUUGUGUGUGUUCUUCAAAUUGGCGCAGAUGUAAUAUAUAACGAAACAUGCACUUUAUUAGUUAGGUUGUUUUUUAUAUAUAUAUAUAUAUAUAUAUAUAUAUAUAUAUAUAUUAUAUGUUCUUUUAUUUGUACGGUUCCUCCUUUUUUUUUUUGCAUGUACAUUUUCUGAAGCGGCUAAAAUUCAAGGUUUUACAAAAAAAAAAAUUACUCCCCAUCCGUGCGAGGGACUGCAGGAGCAUCCCGUGCUGUUUGUCGUGUUGUGUUUUAUUUCGUUUUGUUUUUCAUGGGAUGUUUUUUUUUUCUUCCUACCUAUGAAAAGAUUUUUACCUCUUAAUUUUUUUUUCCCCAGCUUUGUCUUAAAAGAACACCCUUUCUUUUGCAAAAAACGAAGAGGGGGGGGGGAAGAGGCCGUGGGUUUUAUUUUCCCACCGUCAUAGUCCAGCUGUUGCCAGAGAGUAGGGUUUGGGGUGUGCAAAGCCCCCGCUCUGCUAAUUAGGGGUGGGGGCCUGACAGGAGCCCCUUAAGUUCCACCUUGUCCUCCUCGGGUUGAACCCCUGGAUCCAAACAUUUGUGAAGUUUAUUUUCCUUGCUGCUCGCCUCCAAAAACGUCCAGGAGAAAGCCACAAUAUUGUAGCCCACGCACAUCAGGACCACGUCGCGCCCGUAAUGCCACUGAUGUCCACCAUGCCACCUCUUGUGGACCCCCCCCCCAAAGGGCCAUCCUGAUGCAUUUGAGUAGGGGGUGUCCGCUGUCUCCGAUCUUCUCCCUCCUCCCACAGGAAGCCCUUCCCAGACCUGGUGCCCCCUUCCCUCAAAAACAUUUGCCCACCUCUGCAGCUUCCGCCUCUUUCCCCAAGUGUGCCCACCCACCCACCCACCCAAGGCCUCUACAACACAGCGGGCAACCGGUAGCUUUGCCCACCGUGUUAAGGGCAGGGAACGCGUCGCGUGCCUGUGCGGGGGCUUGCAAGUGUGCCCCUCUUUAACUGCCCUUGCUGAAAACAGACCCUUUUUAGCCGCAAAAAAAAGAGAUUUAAAAUUUUGUGGGUUUGUUUUUUUAAAAAUAUAUAUAUAUAAUUUAUUUUCCGAAAGGGGUGUUCUUUUAAGGCAGGCAUUGGGG